UGUAGUUUUUACAUCCGGAAGGUGGGGCUUUUGUUAUAGGAGCGGUUUGUAUGUGGAGAACCAAUGCCUCUGUAUUCGCUGUUAAUGCACUCAACAAGAUAGCACCAGCCACGGGCAGACAAACGAAUCCUGCUUUGGUUGUGUCUGUGUGUGUGUGUGUGUACCCGUGCACAUGUGUUUGAGUAUUUAAGAAAGGCACAAAGAAGAAUCCAGUGAUGGCUGCCAAUAAAGGUAAAAACCAGAGCUCUCUGGCACUGCACAAGGUGAUAAUGGUGGGUAGUGGAGGCGUGGGAAAGUCAGCCCUCACCCUGCAGUUCAUGUAUGAUGAGUUUGUGGAGGACUACGAACCCACCAAAGCAGACAGCUACAGGAAGAAGGUGGUUCUGGAUGGGGAGGAGGUUCAGAUCGACAUACUGGACACAGCUGGACAGGAGGACUAUGCUGCUAUCAGGGACAACUACUUUCGCAGCGGGGAAGGCUUUCUGUUGGUCUUCUCCAUCACGGAGCCUGAGUCAUUCACUGCUACUGCUGAGUUCAGGGAGCAGAUCUUGCGGGUGAAGGCAGAAGAGGACAAGAUACCUCUCCUGCUGGUAGGAAACAAGUCUGACCUGGAGGAGCGUCGGCAAGUGUCUGUAGAUGAGGCCCGUGCGAAGGCUGAAGAGUGGGGGGUCCAGUAUGUAGAGACAUCAGCCAAAACUAGAGCCAACGUUGACAAGGUAUUCUUUGACCUGAUGCGUGAAGUACGAGGCAAGAAAAUGUCUGAAAACAAAGACAAAAAUGGAAAGGGAAAGAACAAGAAGAACAAGAAGAGCUUCAGAGAGCGAUGCUGUUUACUUUGAACUCCUCAUGGACCUGAAAAAGCCACAAAUAUACACAGAAUGUGGGGAGUAAAGCAGAGUCUUUCCCAUUGCGAUUUAAAUGAAAUCUGCUUUUUUUUUUUUUUUUUUUUUUUGAUAGCUUGUUAUAGUUUAAUGUCUAGAACAAUCUCAGCCACUAUGUUGCCAAUUUUAAUGAAUGAAACCUGACUUGCUCUGUCACCUGAGGAUGAACAAUGUUGUCACUGACUUGGACUGCAGUGCUUGAUGACUCAUAGUAAGCCAGUGACCAAACUGCCAUUGACACUAACUCUGCUGCUCAAGACAUUCUCCACUGUUUAACUCAGUGAUUAUACUGCCUUUGACUUUGGUUCAUUAUAUUUUUGUCAACAAAACAGUGUCCUUAAUUUCUUUACCUCUAAAUCUUAACCUGCAUAUUUUCUUGUCAGAGUACACACCCAUUAAGCCUAUAUUCAGCUGUCUUUCAGAUUUGUAAUCAUAAAUAAUUGCCUGUCUGUUGAACAUGUUUGCAUCACCUAUUUAACAACUUCACUUUGUGUUUGGAAAAGCUGGGGAAACUGGAAGUUUUAAUUGUUGCUUGAGGUUCUUUCAGUUCUUUUCUUUCAUUUUAUCCAAGGAAUUGUGACCUGCCCCCAUUCCAGGACAUUCAUAUAGUGCAGUGCAAUCAGGAGGGUUAUUAUUGGUGGUUGUCAGAUUUUGUUAUCCUUGACAUGAUUACCAUAAAUCAAUGUUGAAAUAUAUUCUUCAGUAAGAAAGCUGUAAAAUUAACAUCUUUGGUAACUGAGAAUUCACUAAUUUCUCUUGAGGUCAUGGAUCAUGUGGUGUGAUAUUUUAACAUUUAUUCUGUAUUUUGAGAAUGUGAAGAAAGUUUGCAAUGUGGAUAAUGCUAUUUUGUUGUAGGUAAAUGAAAAGUGACUAAGAGGAGAGAACCUGUCUGUUCUUUAUGGUGCUCUGUGUAAUCUGGCCCUUUCUGUCCUUAAAGUGCAGACUCUUUACUAUUUUACAUGACUGAAGUUCAGAGUCUUUGUUGCAAGACAGGUGUUGACAAUCCAGGAGGCCAAGCCUGCUUAUGCAUUUUAAUCAGUGACUCUUUAUUAAUCUUGAUAGUUCUGAUGUUUUUUUUCUUCUUGCACUACAUUGCCAAUACCUUUAGAAGUGGGCUUCAUGCUGUGUUGAGUCAUGCUGGGAGUUUUAAGCAGUUUGUGCCAACAAAAUAAGAAAAUUCAAACUAUGUGGAUGUGCAGUAUGUAUGUUGCGUACGAGUGUGUGCAUUUAUCAGAAAACCUUGCUACUUUACUAUGUUUUUGAGUGAAGCUUGACAAUGGUUCCAACCUAACUGAUGUGUAUUCAAGUGCUACAGUAAAUGAGAUGUUUCUACCACUGCCUAAAGCAUCUGUUUAUGGUAACCCCUGCUCCUUUCUUUUAUCUUUAACUACCUACUACUGUAUGUCUCUUGGCAGCAAGAGAGCUGCUGAAUAAAUGUUUUCGUUCCCUUUUUUUCA